AUAUGUGCAUAUGUAUGUACGUAUGUCCUACAAAUAAUUAACUAUCGAUCGUGAAUCAGAUAAAAAACAAGAUGUUCAUAUAUUUAAAUUGCGUAUAUCAAUUGACAUUCUUUUUUUUCUUUUACAUAUAGGCCUUUCUCAAUGUUCAACAAUAUAAGCAACAAGAGCAACAGGCUGUUUCAACAACAACAACAACAACAACAACAACAACGCCUGUUGGCAUGAAUGUAAUGGGCCAAUUGCUUGAUAAAGCUAAACGUGCUAUUGUCAUGAGAACUACAACUAAUGAAAAAUCUCAACAAGAUCAACAGCAGCAGCAACAACAAAUUCAAUAUCAACCAUCACAACCAGAUACUUCAAAGACUAUAUUACCUAUACGUAUACAAGAUCUUGAAGCUAAAAUUGAAAAUCGUCCAACAAUAAUUGAUGAAAAAAGUUCAGCUGUUCUAAAAUAUCGUACACCACAUUUUCGAGCAACAGCUACAGUUAAAUUUCCCCCAUUAAAUGAUGGUGAACAUUGGAAAAUAGGUUGGAUACAAUCAUGUACUCGUAUGGAUUUUUUUAAUUCCUAUGGUGAUAGUGGCUAUUCAAGUUGGGAAUUUCCUCAAUUAAUGUCUAAUCAAAAUCCUAUGAUAUCCGAUUCUGAUGGACGUAAUUAUCCAUUCUAUGGUUCGAAAUCUGAAGUUAUAGAAAUUCAAGGACCAUGUACAGAUUAUACAACAUUAAAAGUUCUUAUGAACGAUAAUUUUUAUCCACAUAUAACAUGGGAUAUUCCAACAAGUAAUGAACGUUUAUCACGUUUAACAAAUGUUAAACGUCAUCAAAGUUUUUAUACAUGGCUUGUUGCAAUGAAUGCACGUAAUGGUUCAAUACUUGUACUUAAAACAAUCAGUUGGCAAAUGAAUCUUGAAAUCAAUGUUGAUCCAAGUAAACCUCAAGGUUCUCGUGCAACACUUGUAUCCGAUCCAAUACCAGUUCAACCAGAAAUACUUAAACAAAAUAUUCGUAUACCAACAUGUGUACUUUAUCCCCCAAAUGCUAAUAGUGCACAAAUACUUGUUUGGCAUCCAGGUUGUCAUCUUAAUGAAACAAGUAAACGGCCUGAAAUUGUUGUACCACCACGGUGUAUGUUUGUUUUAUUGCAAAAUCCAUUUUAUGCAAAUCAUAUACGACAUAAAACACAUACAUCUGUUCAAAAUAAGCUAAAUAGUGGAAGUGGAAGUUCAUCUUCAUCGCCAUCCUCAUCCAUGUCAUCGCCAUCAACAUCACCAUCAUCAUCAUCUUCACCAUCACCAACUUCAUCGACUUCAUCAGAGAAUAGGACCAAUAUAUUACAACAAUCAUCAAUAAAUAAACCUUAUUCUCGAGUUAUAUUUCCACAAGUUUCAGUUCCGUUAUCAACUUCAACAUCAUCAUGUUCUAUACCGGCUGGUAAUCGUUGUUAUAAUGGUAUGAAACAUAUUCUACAUAAUCAUGCAAGACUUGCUCAAGGUGUUAUGGUUCGCUAG